UAAAAUUCGGAUAGUUCUUUGAAAAUGUUGGGACAACAGAAGACACAAGAUUUCAGAUUGGUUCUUAAUCUUUUAUUCAACUCUGCGAUUUACUUUAUAUGUUGUAUUUUUUAUUGCAGAGUUAGUUUCGGAGUCUAUUUUAGCAAUAUAUAGUUAAAUCGCACGUAUAACAGUGCAAUUUACUAGGAGAGUCAUGAACAGAAAAGACUUUGUUUUCGCAAUUUUUAUGACAUUUAUGAUAUUAUUUUGCCUAGUUGAAUACAAAUCUGUAGAAAACGACUCCUUACAUAUACAGGCAGUACAAACAAUUGUAUCAAGGAACUGUUCAUACCCACGUCCGAGUGAAAAUCACAGAAAGAAAAAUGAAACAGAAACGGACCCAUUGGUAUUUCUAUCUGGAAACGAUAAAAACUUAACACAACCGCAGACAGACUUGGAAAAAAUCCUAACAAUAGCUAAAGCCAUGUCAAAGGAGACCGUACUUGUUACAGUGAUAAAUGACGGAUAUUUACCACUAGCAUAUAAUUGGUUAUGUAAUACAAAACAUAUGGGAGUUCAUCAUCAGGUAUUAGUGAUUGCCACGAAUCAAGCAGCAAAGGAGAAACUUUUGUCUGUAUCACCUGAUAUCAAGGUAGUUGUGCUAACCGUCGACAAAUAUCUCCAGAAAGAUCAAAAUUACAGUCACGUGGGUUACAUCAGACUUUUAGUUCGUAGAACCGAAAUACUGUUAGCAUUACUGGAGCAUCGUAUAGAAACAUUCCUGUUUGAAUUUGACUUUCUGUGGCUACGGAGUCCGCUCUCGUUAUUUAAAUCAUACUCCGGUAAAUAUGACAUGUUGUUUGUACACAAUAGCAAUAAGCAUAGCAUGGUAACAAAUUCAGUAAAUGGUGGAUUUUUCUACAUGUUUCCUACUAACACUACUGUUAAACUAUUUCAAGAGUUGUAUAGCAGAAUGCAGAAGUUAGCAAAUAGAAUAAAAACAUGGCCACCAGAGAAAAAGGUAUCCGAAGGGGAAAAUGAUCAAGUGUAUUUAAACAGAUUAUUCUCGAAACGCUAUGGCGGAUUAAAAGCUUUAAUUUUACCGCAUACAGAUUUCCCUGACGGAAAAUGGUACUCCGUACCGGAAUCUAAACGGAAAUCUUGGAAACCAUAUGUCAUUCAUAACAAUUGGAUAAUAGGCAAUGAUAACAAAAUAGCGCGUGCUAAAGAGUGGGGACAUUGGUUUCUAAACGACAGCAACGAAAUUCAAUGUAACUUUGAAGUUUUUAUAAAUAUCCAUAGUGUUUUAAAAAAAGAUAUUUUCCGUUAAUAUGUUGUGUUUUGUAUACUGUUGUUUAUCUUUUGGUCUUUUUCUUUGUUUUGCCAUGGUGUUGUCAGUUUAUUUUUCGACUUAUGAGUUUGAAUGUCUGUUUGGUGUCUUUCGUCUCUCUUUUAAUAAAAUCAGGCUGAUGUCCAUUA